CUGGGGCGAGAUGGAGCCCAAACUUCUCUCCUUAGCUGUCCUGUUCCUGGCCGGGCGGUGCGGCGCGUCCCUGCCCUGCCCCAGUCGAUGCCUUUGCUUUAAAACCACCAUCCGCUGCAUGCACUUGAUGCUGGAUCACGUCCCCAGGGUGCCUCAGCAGACAUCGGUCCUGGAUUUGCGGUUUAACAGAAUACGAGAAAUCCCAGCCGGCACGUUUAAGAAAUUGAAGCAUCUGAACACCCUUCUUCUGAAUAACAACCAAAUCCAGAAGAUUUCAAGAAAUGCUUUUGAAGGGCUUGAAAAUCUGCAAUACCUUUUCUUGUACAAGAAUGAAAUCCACACAAUAGACCAGCACACAUUCAAAGGACUUGGAUCAUUGGAGCAGCUGUAUAUUCACUUCAAUCAAAUAGAAACAGUCAAGCCAGAAACCUUCAGAGACCUCCCAAAAUUAGAAAGAUUAUUUCUGCAUAACAAUAAGUUAUCUAAGAUCCCAGCUGGAAGUUUUUCUCAUCUGGAUUCACUAAAGAGACUGCGCUUGGACUCGAAUGCCUUAGUUUGCGACUGUGAAUUAAUGUGGCUGGCUGAACUAAUAAACGAAUAUACCAGGAAUGGAAAUACUCAAGCUGCUGCCACCUGUGAAUAUCCCAAGAGACUUCAGGGCAGGCCUGUUGCGUCGUUAAUCGUGGAAGAAUUCAACUGUGAGAAACCUCGUAUUACUUCUGAGCCACGGGAUGCAGAUGUUACCCCAGGGAAUACUGUCUACUUUACCUGCAAAGCGGAAGGAAAUCCUAAACCCAAGAUAAUUUGGAUACAUAACAACCACUCGUUGGAUAUGAAAGAUGACAGGCGGUUGAAUUUGCUUGAAGAUGGGACCCUCAUGAUUCAGAAUACCCGAGAAUCUGACCAAGGCAUCUAUCAGUGUAUGGCCCGGAAUGUGGCAGGCGAAGUCAAGACACAGAGUGCUUUCCUCAGAUACUCCAGUGUUCCAACCAAGCCCAGUUUUAUCAUUCAACCCCGGAAUACAGAGGUCUUAGUUGGCACCAGAACCACUUUGGAAUGCAUGGCCACAGGCCACCCCCAACCUCACAUCAGCUGGACGAGAGGAAAUGGAGAGUCGCUGGAUGAAUCCAGGUACAACAUCACUUCUUCUGGAGGACUUUUCAUUCAGAACAUCACAUUGCAGGACCACAAUCAGUUUAUCUGCCAUGCUCGUAACAACCAGGGCUCUGUCCAAGCAUCAGCAAUUAUUAUUGUACAAGCUCCUCCGCAGUUUACAGUGAGCCCUUACAAUCAGGUGGUGAUAGAAGGGCGCACAGUAGAUUUCCACUGUGAAGCAGAUGGUAAUCCUCUUCCUGUGAUUGCCUGGACCAAAUCAGGAAGUCAUCUGCCUUCUGAUGGACGCCACACUGUGCUGUCAUCUGGAACAUUGCGUAUUGUACAUGUGGCCCAACAUGAUCAAGGCCAGUAUGAAUGCCAAGCUGUCAGUGCUUUGGGGGUAAGGAGAAUGACCGUCCAGCUGAAUGUGCAACCCCAAGCUCUGCCAGUAUUUUCUCAACUUCCGCAAGAUACCAGCGCAGAGGUUGGAAAGAAUGUAGAGAUUCCUUGUAGUGCACAUGGAGAACCUCAGCCCACAAUCAGCUGGAGCAAGACUGGUGUUCAGAUUACUGAGAGUGGCAAAUUCCAUGUGAACUCAGAUGGCACUCUUACAAUCAGAGACUUAGGACAAGCAGACCAGGGGAGAUAUGAAUGUGUUGCAAGGAACUCUUUUGGCCUGGCUACAACCAGUAUGGUGCUGACUGUUACCAUAACGCAAGGUAGACAAGCUGGUGAUAACUUUGUUGAAUCAUCCAUUCUCAAUGCCAUCCAAAAAGUUGACAGUGCAAUUAACUCCACAAGAAGACAUUUGUUUUCGCAGCGUCCCCUCACUCCAAAUGAUCUGUUGGCUCAAUUCCACUAUCCACGGGAUCCUUUCACUAUAGAGAUUGCAAGAGCAGGAGAGAUUUUUGAGCAAACACUUCAGCUGAUACAGGAGCAUGUUAAACAGGGUCUGAAUGUUGAUUUUGAUGGAAUAGAGUUUCGCUACAAUGACCUGGUUUCCCCACACUACCUCAGUCUGAUUGCCAAUCUCUCUGGAUGUACAGCUCACAGGCGUUUCCCAAACUGCUCUGACAUCUGUUUCCAUCAAAAGUACAGAAGCUACGAUGGAACAUGCAACAACCUACAGCACCCAAUGUGGGGUGCCUCUUUGAUUGCUUUCGAACGGAUCCUUAAACCUGUGUACGAAAAUGGCUUUAACUUACCCAGGAGUGUCAGUCAUGACUCUUUGUAUAAUGGCUAUCCUCUUCCACUACCAAGGCUUAUUUCAAUAGAAAUGAUUGGUACAGAGACCAUAACUCCUGAUGAUAGGUACACUCAUAUGCUUAUGCAGUGGGGCCAGCUUUUAGACCAUGACUUGGAUCAGACAGUGCCUGCACUGAGUAUGUCUCGUUUUUCUGAUGGACAGUCUUGUAGCUCAGUGUGUACUAAUGAUCCACCUUGCUUCCCCAUCAUUAUUCCUCAGAAUGAUCCCCGAGUGACAAAUUCUAAGUGUAUGUUCUUUGUUCGCUCAAGCCCAGUUUGCGGUAGUGGGAUGACUUCUUUAAUAAUGAAUUCAGUCUAUGCAAGGGAGCAGAUAAACCAUCUAACAUCAUAUAUCGAUGCUUCUAAUGUUUAUGCAAGCUCUGACAGGGAGUCAGAAGAGUUAAGGGAUAAUACAAAUCAACAUGGUCUCCUCAAGGAAGGCCUGCUUGUCCCAUCUUCUGGAAAGCACUUAUUACCAUUUGCCACAGGUCCCCCAACUGAAUGUACGAGAGAUGAAAAUGAAAGCUCCUUACCUUGCUUCCUUGCAGGAGAUCAUCGAGCGAAUGAGCAGCUGGGCCUCACAGCCAUGCACACUUUGUGGUUCCGUGAACAUAACCGCAUAGCAAGGGCACUGUUGAAAAUGAACCCACACUGGGAUGGAGAUACUAUUUACAAUGAAGCCAGAAAGAUUGUUGGUGCACAGAUGCAACAUAUUACCUAUAGCCACUGGCUACCCAAGAUCCUUGGUGACCACGGCAUGAAGAUGAUGGGUGACUACAAAGGCUAUAACCCCAAUGUCAAUGCCGGGAUUAUUAAUGCCUUUGCAACUGCAGCUUUUAGGUUUGGCCACACAUUGAUCAAUCCGAUUCUUUAUCGUUUGAAUGAGACCUUUGGAGAAAUCUCACAAGGGCACCUUUCACUUCACAAAGCUUUCUUUUCACCAUUCCGGAUAAUCCAGGAAGGUGGCAUUGAUCCACUUCUGCGUGGUCUUUUUGGUGUUGCUGGUAAAAUGCGAGUACCUUCUCAGCUUUUGAACCUGGAGCUGACCGAGAGGCUUUUCUCCAUGGCACACUCAGUGGCUCUGGAUCUGGCAGCUACGAAUAUCCAGAGGGGGCGUGACCAUGGGAUUCCUCCGUACGUUGACUAUAGGGUUUUCUGUAAUUUAACCUCAGUUGAGACGUUUGAGGAUCUUCACAAUGAGAUUAAAGAGCCAAAGAUUAGAGAAAAGCUGAAAAAGCUGUAUGGCACACCACUGAACAUCGACUUUUGGCCAGCUCUGAUGGUGGAGGACCUAAUUCCUGGUACAAGAGUGGGACCAACCCUAAUGUGCCUUUUUGUCACUCAGUUUCAACGGCUUAGGGAUGGAGAUAGGUUUUGGUAUGAAAAUCCUGGAGUGUUUACAACAGCGCAACUCACUCAGCUGAAGCAGGCCUCUUUGGCACGUGUACUCUGUGACAAUGGGGACAACAUCCAGCAGGUCCAGCCUGAUGUCUUCUUAAAGGCAGACUACCCUCAGGGAUACAUGAGCUGCAGUGAGAUACCAAAGAUUGAUUUGAGAUUGUGGCAGGACUGCUGUGAAGACUGUAGGACAAGGGGACAGUUUGGGGAUCUGUCACACCACUUUAGGAGCAAACAAUCUGCUGAAUACAGUUAUCCCAAAGAGAAGCACAAAAGGGGUGAGGAGAUCAGUACAAGAAGCAGACACCCGGGGGAUUUGCACAAGCAUAGAAAUGCAGCCAGUGCAAUGCAUCUAACUGACAUAGUAUCCAGUGGAUUUGCUCAAGAUUUCAGCCAUUUUGCUGCUGAAGUUGAUGAGACCAUUGAAGCUCUAAAACAGCAGAUAAACAAGCUGGAGGCUCGCCUGAGGCAGGAAGGUUGCAUGGAUGAUGAUGGGAUUCAGCGUAAGGAAAAUGAACACUGGAUGAAGGAAGACUGCAUUAGCUGUAGCUGUAAGAAUGGCCAAAUAACCUGUACUGUGGAGACGUGUUCUUCAGUAGAGUGUUCGAGCCCCACAAAGCUGGAAGGAAAAUGCUGUCCAGACUGCAUAGACAAUGAAAACCCUAUAGAAUCACCAGUAGAGCUUAAACCUGAUUCCUCUGACAAAGAGCUACCUUUUGGAACUAUCUACUAAGUGGAUGUAGCUUCCCAAUUCAAAGGUUCUGCCAAGAAGUUACAAGCACUGCUGACUACAAUACCUGCACUAAAAUGUUUGAUGUAAAUACACUGAUGAAACAAUCAAGUCACUUUAGGCUUUUCACCAUGGUGGAUAUAUUCUAUACUGUUAUCUUUCAACAUUGGUAGAUCUAAUGUAAAGGUGAGCAAGGGCAUGAAAGACUCUACUGAAAGCCCUUUACAGGUUAUUAUAUGUUGUACUGUGCCAUUGGAAGUUGUUAAAUAUUAGAUUCAUAAGUUCAAUUUUAAAUGUGUUGUUUUCCUUCUCCCAAAAGGCAGGGAGGAUAAAGAUUUAAAAGCAUGGGAUUUCUCUGAAUCUUAGAAUUCAACCACUGACUGAAAGUUUUCUUUUAAAAUUCAUACACAUUGUAGUAAUGAGAAAUGUUUUAAAAAUUGCACUGUUCUAAAGAAAAGUUAUAGAAUAGAAAAGAAGUUUGUACCUGACCUGCUGGAUUUUUGUUGUUGUUGUUGUUGGAUGGUGUUAUACUAUGAGAAACAGUUUGGUUUCCUUUUACAAGACUAUAUUCUAAUUCCAUGCUAGCUUUACGGAGCUUGGGUUUUCGCAAAAUCAGAAUGAAAGAGUAGUGUAGCACGAUUCUUUGCAAUCUCAUCAUGUUGAGACUCUGAUUAGAAAUUUAAAGCACAUCUCAGGGAGAUGUCUCCAAAAGGGGAUAAAGAAUGUAUAAGUGCAGUAUAAUUUGCCAGGAAGUUGUGUACUCCUUUUCUCAUUCUGCAUGGAUCUCUCAUUGGCAUCAAUAGGAUUUAUAGAAAGAGAGAGAGAAUGGACUCAUCUGUUCAACUUGCCCACAUGUAGAACAUUAUGGCAAAUCCCUUAGCCUUGUGAUAUUGUGAUCAUUCACAUGAAAGAGAUGAGUUGUUUUUUUCAAGCUACAAGUUUUAAAAUAAGGGGACAGAUUUUCAAAACCUAGGUCCAAAGUUGAACCUUCAAAAAUGCAUGCACACAAAUGUUCAUUUUCAUGUGCAAUUAGCUGACUUAGAUGGAAAAGCAGAAUUUGGACAUGCAUAUUUACUUGUAUGUGUACAUUUUUUGCAGACACUACUUAGAACUAGGGCUGUCAAGCAAUUACAAAAAUUAAUCACGAUUAAUCUCCCUGUUAAACAAUAAUAGAAUACCAUUUAUUUAAAUAUUUUGGAUGUUUUCUACAUUUUCAAAAAUAUUGAUUUCAAUUACGACACAGAACACAAACUGUAAACUACAGCUCACUUUACAUUUAUUUUUAUUACAAAUAUUUGUGCUAUAAAAACAAAAGAAAGUGUUUUUCAACUCACCUCAUACAAGUACUUUAUCAUGAAAGUUGAACUUACAAAUGUAGAAUUAUGUACAAAAAAUAAUUGCAUUCAAAAAUAAAACAAUGUAAAACUUCAGAGCUUACAAGUCCUACUUCUUGUUCAGUCAGUCACUCAGACAAACAAGUUUGUUUACAUUUGCAGCAGAUAAGACUGCCUGCUUCUUAUUUACAAUGUCACCUGAAAGUGAGAGCAGGUGUUCGCAUGGCACUGUUGUAGCCGACAUCACAAGAUAUUUGCGUGCCAGAUGCGCUAAAGAUUCAUACGUCUCUUCAUGCUUCAACCACCAUUCCAGAGGACAUGUGUCCAUACUGAUGACGGGUUUUGCUCGAUAACAAUCCAAAGCAGUGUGGACCGACGCAUGUUCAUUUUCAUCAUCUGAGUCAGAUGCCACCAGCAGAAGGUUGGUUUUCUUUUUUGGUGGUUCGGGUUCUGUAGUUUCCUCAUUGGAGUGUUGCUCCUUUAAGACUUCUGAAAGCAUGCUCCACAGCUCAUCCCUCUCAGAUUUUGGAAGGCACUUCAGAUUCUUAAACCUUGGGUCAAGUGCUGUAGCUAUCUUUAGAAAUCUCACUUUGGAACCUUCUUUGCAUUUUGUGAAAUCUGCAGUGAAAGUGUUCUUAAAAUGAACAUGUGCUGGGUCAUCAUCUGAAAUAUGAAAUAUAUGGCAGAAUGUAGAUAAAACAGAGCAGGGGACAUACAGUUCUCCCCCCAGGAGUUCAGUCACAAAUUUAAUUAAUGCAUAUUUCAAAAUAGAAAAAUAUCCAAAAAUAUUUAAUGCAUUUCAAUUGGUGUUCUAUUGUUUAACAGUGCAAUUAAAACUGUGAUUAAUUGUGAUUAAUUUUUUUUCGUUAAUCACGUGAGUUUACUGCAAUUAAUCGAUAGCCUUACUUAGAACCUGAUUCUGCUUUGGAACUUUGUCUUGAAAAGUUAAAAAUUCUAAUAGGGAGAUCACUGUGCUGCACUUACCCUUUAAAUUUAUAAAAUCUGUGCUUCCCUCCUAUUUCAUUCCAUAGUUAUCUUCUUUGUCAUUGUCUGUUUACUGACAAUAGGCCAUUUCAUAAUGUCAUUUAUGGAGUUUCUCACAUAACUGACAUAAUGAUAUUGAAACUACAUUCUCAAAUGCUGGGUCAUUAGCAUAGUUUCACAAACUAUAUUUAUAGAUGAUUAGUUCUAAGGGACAUCUGAUUUUAUAGGGCCAACAAAAGUCUAGAAACAAGGUAUUUUAAAAUCCGGACUCGUGUACAUUUUCCAUUGCAAAGAAGAUACUGAAAUCCGAAUCGAAAGAAAAACAUCUCUCCAGUGAAGGAAAUUAUCUUUCUGACAAACCAUGCUCAGAACUUUCUGUUGAAAACAAUGUGAAAAUCUGUAUAAAAACGGAGUAGGGCAGAGCCCAGUCAUUCUUGUUUUGGGUUACAUUUGACCUCGGACGCACAGAUAAGUACAAUAUUUUAUAAAAUCAGUAAGUGCUGUAGAUUUUACAAGAUCACACGGACCUUAAAAUCUGGAUUAAACGUUGACAAUUUACAUCCUUAUUCUAGACAUCACUUAUAAAGCCACAUAUACGUUAAUUUUGUAUUCUACUGAGAUACACAGAGUAUUUGACCAAUAUUCCCUAAUCCACUCCAGUCUCUUAAUUCUGUUACAUCAUUGUUAUAGGGCUACUGCAUCAAAGUUCACAGCUAAGUAAAACCCCUUCAUAAUAAUGAUAUUUUAAAAAACUAUGUUUCACCAACCUUCAGAAAUCUUAACUCCCAACUACUAUAAAGUGGUUCUAUAAGGAGAGUAGAGUAUAUUUCAGUCAGUGAGUUAUGAAAAGUAUGUUUAUUAAUAUAAUUAUUUUGUAAGUUACAUUUUUAAUUGAGCUGAAAAUAGUAUCAGCUUCAUUUAUGAAAGAUGCUUUCUAUAGUCAUAAGAAUCCUUACCUGAUAGAGAGUGAAAUUUACUCCUGUGCACCACUUAAGCCUGAGUUUGAGUGGAAUGUAAGUGGUACAUAUGCCUUGUGCUAGCUAUCUGCACAGAGUGAAUUUCACUUAUAAAAAAAAAAAGUACAAGAUAGUUUUCCUCAAAAUGUAUCAGUUCUCCAUAUUAUGCCAUGGAAGUCCAGAGGAACUAAUGGUGGGGAAUUUUCAGUAGUUGGUCUUGCAUAUACAAUUAAUAGAAAUGGGGCUUACAUGUGAACAAAUACAUAGUUAUAUACAAGGACCUGUCUUAAUCAAUAUCUUCUGUGCACCUUUGUUGAUAUCCAGUGAGGAGCCUGGACAAGAGUUACUGUCUGACAAUUUGGUUGAUCAACCAAAUAUUGCAUAUCCAGACUGACAUGAAAAUGUAAUCACACACAAAUAGUCAACCUGUGCAUCGUAAAAGAAGCACCGGGGAACAAAUUGAAAGCUGCUUUGAAAAUGUUUAAAAUUACUGCGCAACAUAAUUCUUUAGAUAUUACAAGCAAUAGUUACAAACAUUAAUGUAAUGCAAUUUAUAAUUUGGUAUUGAAGUUGAUACCUGUACAAUAGCAUUUGUAUAUUAGAUUUCAACAUUAUAUAUUCAGAUAUAACCAUGAAUGGUGUGAAGUCUUAAAAUAAUAUUCAGAAGACUCAUAAACUAUGUAUUUUGAAAGUCCUUGAAAAAAGCAAUACUAAAAUUUCAGUCACAGUGAAAUGUGUUUUGUCCUAUAAAUUGCUCCCACCAUGCUAAUAAGGUAAAACAUAUUUAUUGUGUAGCUUGCACUCAGAAUUUUAGCUUGAAGUUUGUAAUUAAUUUUCAUUAUUGAAAGCCAUAUACAAGUCUAUAUCACAGCUGAAAUUUUAGGACAAACUUAACGUUUAAAUACAAGCUCUGUAAGCAAAGUCUAUAGUAAAAUUUAUGUAUGACAUAUUUGUACCUCAUGAAUAUAUAAAACCAGGGAUGUUUUUAAAUACAUAUGGUGCUAAAUGCUGUGCCUGAAAUAUGACUUCAUAGAGUAUAUUUUCCAAAAUAAUCUGUUUACUUGUGUUUUAAGCAUUCAGGCUGGAUUUAGAAGUAUGUUAAAACAUGGCAUCUACAUUAUGUCAUUCCUGCAAUAAAAGCUUAUUACUGAGAUUGGAGAUGGAGGAAAUGCAAAAGGUGAAUUCAAGGUUCAGGUAUGGGUCCUACUGUUUGGGUUCUUCUAUGAACUAUUGUAAUCUAAGACCUGAUCCAGACCUCUGUGACAGCAGUAGGAGCCUGAUUCAGCUGUCACUUCCACAGGGAAAAAGCAGCUCCACUGAAGCCAAUGGAGUUACCCUGGUGUACGUGAGAAGAAAUUGCAGACGCUGAUUUCAAGGGGAAUUGGAUCGUGGCAAUAGUGAAUCUGCAAAAAGAAAAGCCUUACUGUGGUUUUGCCGCUGCAAGGCACUGAUAGCAGAUGUGAAUGGCAGGACAGGGAGCAUCCAGUCAUAUCUGAACCUCAAAAUUAAUUUGGUUCUUGAUCCUACAAAUGCAGGGAGCUGGAGUUAUUGUAUUCAGACCAAUUCACCCAUCUCUCAACUGAGAUGCUGAAUUGAGAUAAUGUUGCCUGUGAAUGGGUAAGAUUUGUGUUUGAGAUCCUAGAGAUGGCUUUUUGAGAUUACAGAUUUCACAACAGGUAUGAAAAUCUUGGCAAAAAACAGAAAAAAGGACUUGGAUCACAAAGUGAUUGAAAAACAUUGCUACGCUAUUUUUGUGUCUUAUUGCAAGUGCUGCACUGAAAUAAGGUGCUAUUUUAUUAUGAGUAAAUUUAUACUGAGGCCAUUUAAAGAUACUUAUUAUUGUAAAUGUUCUCCAAUGCAAUAAAAAGUACUUUCAAACUCUUAUGUAUAAAAUGCUAUAAUGUAAUUAAAUUUGAGAAAGAGGCAGCAAAGUAUUAUGCAUUAUAUACUUUAUAGUGUUGCUCUUUUCUAAGUGGUAAGAAAACACUUUUUUGUGGAUUUCUUCUUUCCCUUUAUUUCAAAGUAUUGAAUUUGUUUGUAACUUUUCAUAACUUAAGUCACAAGAAUGUAUCUACAUAAUUGAUGUAAGAUGUCUGGAGGGGGUGGCUUUCUUGUUGUUUGUUUUGAUUACAUUUUGCAGGAAAACCCUGAAAAAGAUCUCUGUAUUUGGGUGAAAUUUUCAAUUAAAAGAAGCAUAUGCACAUCCAGCAUUUGAUGUUGACCAAUGUGGGCUUUGAAAUGUUUCCAAAAGUAAGUGCUCAACUUUAAGCAUGUGCUUAAAUAGAAUAGAACAUAAUUUGCUGAAUAGAGAUUCUGUCCUGAACUGAGGCCUAUCCCAGAAAUGAAUUUGGACUAAAAGGGCUACUCACGUAAGAAGGAGCAAUAUUUUUUGCUUUGCAAAUAUAUUUCCAAAAGAUACAUGAAAACUACUGACAAUGCACUCCAAGAUUAUGAACCCAGUACA